ACAAUCUUCUAUUCUCUACCCCCAGACUGUACACCACCAAGCGAUCGUGGAACUGGCGAAGGCGCUUUCACCCACUACUACUUCAACCAGGAGACCGAGUCAUGUGAGCCAUUUACCUACUCAGGAGAAGGCGGUAAUAGGAACAACUUCCGCACAAGGUUCGAGUGCCGAGCAGCUUGUGUUUGUACCCAGGGAGCAGAAAGAGGCAGGCGCGAGAGGUUUUGUCACAAUCAUCAUUACUACGACAUCAAAGACGGCAAAUGCAGGCAAUACCGCUACAGAGGUUGCAACACUAAAGUUAACCGCUUCAAAAGCGAACGAUCCUGCAACAGGAGAUGUGCCAUUGCACGCUGUUUCCUGGACCUGGAAAGAGGAACCUGUGAUGACCGCAUGGAACGUUACUUCUACAACGUCACGGCACAGCAGUGCGAGAAAUUUAACUACAGCGGCUGCAGCGGCAACCUGAACAACUUCGAUACAAUGGAGAAAUGUGACCAAAGCUGCAGCGAACCCAUCAGGGAAAUUGAUAUCCGGACCAAGCGUCACCGCGACUGUUACCUCCCCAAAAAGGAAGGCGUUUGCAAUUCUAGCUUUGAAAGGUUUUAUUUCAAUUCCGAGACAGGUGAAUGCGAGUCUUUCACUUACCGUGGGUGCUAUGGUAACCUUAACAAUUUUAGGACAGAGAUGGGCUGUAGGAAUAAAUGCAUGCCGCCACAACCACGAAAGUAGACCAGCGAAAUGCUGUUACCUCGAUUGUUUAGCAUUUGGGCAAGAGAUGGAGUAGCGUACAUUAUUACUUAGCAGAGGUACAUGUACUUACAUCAAGCUUGGUGCUAGACUCGAGCGUACUGUAUCUUUUUGUUUGCAUCAUAUCUUGUAAUUUAAAGAAAGUAUUACUGAACACGUAGUGACAAUACUCUGCCCCCAGGACACCCACAGGAAGGAGUAGAAAAUGUCCCUACGACGACCUGACCGACGGAAUUCAACAAGAAAGUAAAAAAAGUGAAAUAAAUAAAAUAAAAAGUGACGAGAAAGCCAUAGAGAUAAGUAUUAAUCAAUAACUGUACCAAAUGACGAUUUCUUUAGAUCACUGAGUGUUGUCAAUAUGUAUCAAAUUAAAAGGUCACGAAACUUAUUGCAAAAAGAGCACAGAAAUAACUCUACAGUUAAAAUGGUUGCUGUAUAUUAUAGUAGUCGUUUUCUUUGAAAGAAAAUUUAUGCUUGGAAAAGAUUUGCCUGUUUAUAAGAUUGUUUUAUUGUCAAAUAAACAUGACAGUGUUCGUUCUAC